CCCAGUGCCUCUCAAGGUGGUUCUGGCCCUGGAGCAGUUGAGGUAAGGGUGGGAGCCUCUGGGGUUGCAAGGCAGGAUGGUGGAUCCCCUUCUGGGUAGCUCCCGAAGGCCUGGAGGGGGCAGGGGGUAGGGAGUCACUUCUACAGGAGAGAUGGCUGGGCUGCUGUGCCCAGCGAAGCUGAGGUUCUGGGAGGGAGAAAGGCCCUGGUGCUCCUGUCCCCUGGCAGGGAAGAGAAGGGACACCUGGUGUCUUCUUCCCUUCAGAGCGGGAGGUGGUUCACUGAUGCUGGGGAGGAGGUAGGUGAUGCUGGAACUGAAGGCAAUGCUUAGCAACUCAGGCUGGGGAUGGCUUUGCAGCUGUCCAUUAGAAGAAAACCUGAUGCUGUCUGAACCAGCCUGGAGAGCAUUGGUAAAGGCACUUUCUGCUUUCUCUUCCUGUUUUUGUCCUGUCAGCAAGCUGAAGCCUUCUUUAGGAAGGAAAGACAUGUGUGACAUGUUGAUUCUGUGCUGCAAGAUUAUUGUGACACACCCUUCAGCAGAGAUGAUGCUGAAGAUCAGGAAGUCACAGCAAGCAGCUCGGUACCUGCAGCUUCUGCAAACAUCACUGAAAGCUCUGGGCCAGCUCAUGGUGGUCCUGCUCGAGACAGAGACCACCAGUGGCUUCUUCCAGAAUGUAGUCCAUAGAUCAAUGACGUCAGGCAACAUGUGGGAGCGCAAGAGGGCCCUGCAGACGUGCUCCCAGCUGCUGGCUGCUUGUGAAGAGCGUGGAAGAGGAGACGCCUGCAAGCACUUUGGCUCCUUGGUGGGAUUGCUGGCGCCUCUGACGUGUGACCCCAUGCCCACCUCCCGCCAGUUGGCUGUCACCUGUCUGAGCUCCCUUCUCCGAAUCCAAGCCAAGGCAACCAACAGAGUCAUCCAGACAGGAGACAUCGGGAGCCUGUGUGAGGGGCUGAAUGACUGCAGCACCAUCUGUCAGCUCCAGACCUCGUCCAAAAUCGCGCGGAUUGUGUGCAGAAGCUUCUCCCUGGAACACACCACAGAUUUCAUGAUGGCCGUCAAGGACACCUUCCGGAAGGCCAAAGGAAUACGUGUGCGUGCUGCUGGGAAGUGGCUGAUCACCUUUCUGCAGAUGCAUGGAAAGGACAUCUGUCGGGAUGUAAGAGACUUUCUUCCACGAGUCUUGGACUUUUGUUGGCUGUUGCACUACACCUUGUGCCGUUUGCCUCUUGUGCUAAAGAAGCACAGCCUGAGCACAGAGCCAGGGCUUGGACAGGGUGACUGGUGUGAAAUUUAGGCUUAGGCCUUGGCAGCAUGUCAAGGGAGCAGGCACUGUUCAUGUGCUGAACGUCCAUGAUUAGGUCCUGCAGAGUCAAGGAUGCAGCAAGUCAUUCUUUCUCCCCUUCUUUCAGCUUGAUCUUUCUCCAGUCAUCUACAUCCUGCGCAGCUGCAUGUUGUCCCUGCAGCACAGCACAUUCAUACCAUUCCUGUGCCAGGCAGUGGCCUUCCUCACCCGCUGUCACGCAGACAUCACAAUUGACAGCUUCUUCCACCAGCUUUGAGCCCACAGACAGGUAUUGGCCUUUUCUCCUGCCUUUGCUGUUGUUGCAGUCCCAGUUGUAGCUUGCCUCUGCCAGAGGGAUCCUGGGAGGAAGCAGCAUGGUGAAAAUUACUCAGUCAUGACUUGAGACGCCCUUUUUCUAGCGAGACAUAGAGGAGAAUAAGAGAGUUUUCUCUUCAGUGGUGCAGCAGGGAGAAGAGAAGAGAAGAGA